AUGGCACUGGCACGUCUAGCAGACAUCACGGCUGGGCAGAUCACUGUUGACGGUGUGGACGUGACAUCAAUGCCGCUGCACACGCUUCGCGUGUGCAUCGCGUGGGUGCCGCAGGAACCGAGCUUCUUUGCCGGCACCCUGCGCUCCAACCUGGAUCCCUUCCAGCAGUAUGGCGACAGCGAGGUGUGGGAGGCCCUGCGGGGCGUCGAGAUGGCCGAGGCACUGGGGCGCGAGGGGCUGCAGCUCGAGAUGGCCCAGCAGGGUUCGAACUUCAGCGCCGGAGAGCGACAGCUCCUCAGCCUCUCGCGCUCGCUCCUCCAGCGCCGGCGCAUCCUCUGCCUGGACGAGGCCUUCGCCAACGUGGACUUCGCCACCGACGCGAAGGUCCAGAGACCGUUCGCGGGGCGACGCAGGGCCUCGGGGUCACGGUCCUCGUGA